AUGAAUCUCCUAUACAACACCGUCAACACCAUUCGCGAGAAGUACACUCCCGCCAGUCAUACCUCUACCUUCCGAAAGACUGGCCAAAUCACCCCCGCAGAGUUCGUGGCCGCCGGCGACUAUCUUGUCUUCAAGUUCCCGACCUGGUCGUGGGCCGAUGCCGACUCCGAAUCCAAGCGCGCGCCCUACCUACCACCUGGAAAGCAGUUUCUCGUCACCCGCAACGUCCCCUGCAAUCGCCGCAUUGACGAUGACUUUGCCGGAGAUGCCGGCCACGAGGAAGCAGUGGUUGGCGACGGAGACGACUUCAAGGCAAAAGGCCAUACCAAUGAUGACGACGGAUGGCUGCGCACCGGUGGGCUCAGCAGCUCACAGCCCCUGAAGGCGAAGGACGUCCGGACCAUGGACGAUGCCGGCAACGUAGGAGACACGCUAGACGACGAGGACGAUAUUCCUGACAUGGAGGAUGAGGAUGACGAUGAAGCUAUCAUUCGAGAUACAGACGCCCAGAAGAAGACAGGAUCCCGACGAACAUAUACACUAUAUAUCACGUACUCGACAUACUACUCUACACCUCGCCUCUUCCUGUCCGGCUACUCAGAGGGCCAGCCCCUCCCGCCCCAGCUGAUGAUGGAGGACAUUGUCGGCGACUACAAGGACAAGACGGUGACGUUGGUCGACUUCCCCUUCUUUGCCAACAACGUCAAGAUGGCCAGCGUGCAUCCCUGCAAGCAUGCUUCUGUCAUGAAGACCCUGCUGGACCGUGCCGAUGCUGCUCUGAAGAUCAGACGGGACAAGAUGAAGUCGGGCAGAUCCGUCGGCAACGAUGCGGGCAUGGAGGGCCUGGUGGAUGAGAUCAACAAGCUUGAUAUCAAGGGUGCCGAAGCUGCUGCCGAGUCGAGCAAUGACGAGUGGGAGGAGGUCGAGGCCGAGGAUCCAGAGGUGGCCAUCCGGGUCGACCAGUACCUCGUAGUAUUCCUCAAGUUCAUGGCCAGCGUAACCCCUGGUAUCGAACACGACUUCACCAUGGGUGUAUAG